AUGGCCAGAGAGUAUCAUCAGCUAGAAGCAAGGAGGAGGCGUCUCACAUGGAUUCUUGGGGUUAGUGCCCUCUGUAUUUUGUUUUACGUGUUGGGAGCUUGGCAGGCCUCUCCUAAUACUCCAUACGAUUUGUACGCUAAAAUUGGUUGCGAUAAUAACACCGGUGCAUCGGACACCGUCGACAAUGCUAAGUCGACGAAGUUGGACUUCGCUAGCCAUCAUCAGGUCGCUCUCGAUAGUUCUAAGACAGUUACUCGAUUCCCGCCGUGUGAUAUGAAGUACAGCGAGUACACUCCUUGCCAGGAUAAGGUGAGGGGACGGAGAUUCGAUCGCGACAUGAUGAAGUAUCGAGAGCGGCAUUGUCCCGCCAAGGAAGAGCUUCUGCUCUGCCUUAUACCAGCUCCGCCGAAUUAUAAGACCCCUUUCAAAUGGCCUCAGAGCCGUGAUUAUGCCUGGUACGACAAUAUCCCUCAUAGAGAACUCAGCGUUGAGAAGGCGGUCCAGAAUUGGAUUCAAGUCGAGGGUAAUAGGUUCAGAUUCCCUGGUGGAGGCACCAUGUUCCCUCUCGGAGCCGAUGUGUACAUUGACGACAUCGCCAAGCUCAUUCCCCUUACUAAUGGACACAUCAGGACAGCAGUUGAUACUGGCUGUGGGGUUGCAAGUUUUGGUGCUUACCUGUUGAAGAGGGAUAUCUUGACAAUAUCAUUUGCUCCGAGAGAUACACACGAAGCACAGGUCCAGUUCGCGCUGGAGCGCGGAGUUCCUGCGAUGAUCGGAAUCAUGGGAUCGCAGAGGCUUCCUUACCCGGCAAGGGCUUUCGACUUGGCUCAUUGUUCUCGUUGUUUGAUCCCUUGGUCAAAGAAUGACGGUUUGUAUCUCACCGAAGUGGAUCGAGUUCUAAGGCCGGGAGGUUACUGGGUGCUCUCCGGUCCUCCUAUCCGCUGGAAGACGUAUUGGAGAGGAUGGGAAAGGACAAUGGAGGACUUAAAACAAGAGCAAGACGGUAUCGAAGACGUCGCCAAACGCCUAUGCUGGAAGAAAGUGACCGAACACAACGAUCUCGCAAUUUGGCAAAAGCCUAUCAACCACAUUGAGUGUGUUAAAAACAAGAAGGCCCAUGGAACACCGGUCAUGUGUGCAUCACAGGAUCCAGAUUCAGCUUGGUACAGAAAUUUGGAAGCUUGCAUAACCCCACUUCCGGAAGUAACAAGUCCAAAUGAUGUUGCCGGUGGCAAACUACCGAAAUGGCCGGACCGUGCAUUUGCCGUCCCUCCUAGAAUUGGCCGUGGAUUAGUACCAGGCAUCGGUGCCGAUCGAUUCGUAGAGGACAACGACCUGUGGAAGCAAAAGAUAGCACAUUACAAUCGAAUCGUUACUCCGCUACGCUCCGGACGAUAUCGGAACAUCAUGGACAUGAAUGCAUACCUAGGUGGAUUUGCAGCAGCAGUGUCAAAGUAUCCAGUGUGGGUCAUGAACGUCGUCCCAUCGGAUUUGGACCCCGACACGUUGGGAAUCAUUUACGAACGUGGUCUAAUCGGAACGUACCAGGAUUGGUGCGAGGGAUUCUCGACAUAUCCGAGAACAUACGAUCUCAUCCAUGCGAGUGGCGUGUUUACUAUGUAUCAAGACAGGUGUGACAUCACUUACAUCUUGUUGGAGAUGGAUCGAAUUCUGCGUCCCGAAGGGUCGGUUAUAUUCCGGGACACGGUGGAGGUGCUGGUGAAGAUAAAGAGCAUAACAGAUGGGAUGAGGUGGAAGAGUCAGAUCGUGGACCAUGAAAGCGGACCCUUCAAUCCUGAGAAAAUUCUUGUUGCUGUUAAAACAUACUGGACUGGUGAAGCAACACAAGCAACCUAG